AUGUGUGACGACGGGAUUGACAACAUGGAUACGUCUGACUUGGGAGGAGGUUCGUUCAAAUAUUAUUUUCGAAUAUUAUCGGCUACCGAUCGGCUUUCCCACGGUAAAACGAGUUCGAUCCGAUCUAACAAUGGUUAAGGGUGAAAAGGGGGCGGAGGAGGGGGGGAGGGGGUGGUGCUUCGACGAUGGUGAAAGAUAGAACGGAACGGAGUAUUCUCGAAAAAAAAAAAAAAAAAAAAAAGAGAGAAAAAGAGAAAAAUCGAAAUUAAAGUAUAUAUCGAAGAAGGUGGAGGAGACGAGGUAAGAAGGGAAGAAGCAGGAGGAGGUGGAGGAAGACGAGGAGAAGGAGGAGAAAGAGAAGGAAGUGGAGGGACAGCAGGAUGAUGAUGCUAACAUCAGCAUUAGCAGCAGCAAUAUAACAACAGAGGAAAGAGUAGAAGAAUAUACAUCAUGAAGGGAAAGCGAGAUGAAAGAGAGAAUGAGCAUGGGGUGUAAAAAAAUUCGAGGCAGAGAAAGAGGAACGAGGGAGACGAGAUGCAAAAGAAGGAUCGGCCAGCGAAUCGGGAACCGAGAGAAUCGUUCCGAGCGUUUGGUGCAUUUUAAACAAGCGAAAUUCAACUGAUGAAACGGUACAGGUGUGUCGUGCGGUGCUGCGUAUCGAGCAACAAUGCUUGUGAUUUAGUUCACGACGAACGGUACGAAAGGACAAAACGCGGACAAAACGAUACGUUGGUCGGAAAUGAUCAUGCACAGAGGGGCGAUUUUUAUCAAAAGAACAACGCACGCGUAAAGUAAAAUUAUUCGUUCAAACGAAAGAAUUUCAUCAAAAGAAUUCUCCUUUACUCGUCGUCUGCUCUAUUCGUAAAUCGUAAGAGUUUUGUGAUUUUUAUUUCGACAAGAGGAUCCUGUGUUCCAGUCCGUGAGACACGUUCGUUGGAGAAUUUGAUUUCGAUCUCGACGAACUGCAUCUCGUUCUCCCUCCUCUCUUUGUGUUUGUUCCUCUCUUUUCCAUUCUCUCCCUUUCUCUCUGUCGUUCUCCUUUCUUCUCACUUCCUUUACCUAUUUUUAUUUUCACCUUACGUUAGUGUCACAUUGCAUGUCGUUCUCCAAUAUGCGAGGUUAGUUGAAACCUCGUUUAGAAAAUUUGCCAAGUCACCGGAUCUAACGAUCCGUGUCGGAAAAUUUAGUUUGUGUUGCCGCAAGUGAUAAAAGAAACUUGUUCGAAUUCACAUCCGCCGCCGAUUUGUUGCUCGUAACGAACGUCACGCAUCCAGUUGAUGCUCGCGUUGAUCGACGUCUCGUUGUCUCAUUUUUCACUUAUUAAGCAUAGUUACGAGAAACGUAACGAUCGGUAUCAGAAUUUUUGAUCGAGAAACCGUGAUCAAUUUCAAUAGAUAGAAACGAGGUAAAAUGAUGAGAGCAAUAAUGCGUAUGUAACGUCGUAUUUAGGAUCGAGAUCUUUAGAAACGUUUUCGUUUCCAAUCCAACGAUAAAAACGUUUCUUCCUCCACUCUGGCUAAAACUUUUAUUUCGGACAAGUAUCGAGAUACUCGAAAAUUAUUCGACGCAAAUUCGGAGAAAAUUCGCACGCAGGAAAAUAACCAACGGAACUUUGUCGAAAUACAAAGAGAACCGAGUAGAGCGCGGAAAACUUCGCAUACUACAUAUCGUACAGGAUAGGUCUCGUCGACGAUCGGAAAUACGGAAAACGAAAAAAAAAGAAAAAAGAGAGAGAGAGAGAGAGAAACAAGAAAGCAGUCCUGAGCUUUUGCAGAAGGCGCAACCUGCGAGGGACGAAAGAAAAAAAGAAAAAAAAGAAAUCGACCGACUGCUAAUUGAGAAUCAACGUUUAAUGAUCGGCGGUCAAGCCGAUGGUCAUCGUUUGUUUCCAACGAGACGAAACCGUUCGACACCGAAUGGUCGAGCCACGUUAUAUCUAGUUUAUACGACGUACAUUAGACAUGAAUGGCAUCUCCUCUGCCAACUUGAAUGAGAGCAAUUUAACUUCUUUAGGUUGCUUAAUCGGUAGGAAGUCACAUCAACUAUACAGCUGUGUAACCUGUACAAGACACCAAUACGUGCAUCGUUUGCUUCAUUACGUCGGUUGUAACAAGUCAUAGGAGAAGAAUUAUCAAGAUCUAAGAACGAAGGUGAAGAAACAAAGUUGUUCAUUUGAAUGUAGAGAAAGGAUUUUUCGUUCACGCGUUCAUACACGCCAACGACGAGGGGGAGGGCAUCUUUGUCGAACCUAACUUGAUCGACGUAAAUAUCUUUGUAGAACAUACAUACGUAUACAUUAAGGAGCAUAAUCGGGCAAAUAACGAUGAAAACUUGUCGAUGCUUUAGCUGUUAUAAUUUUCUUUAGUCAAGGAAAAUCGUGCGAAACCUUAACUCUUGUCCUGUUUUCGUACAGAUAUUUUCCGUGGCUAAAAAUUCCAUGUUUCCACGACUGGAUGUACUAUGAUCUUGAAGAUUGACAUUUUCUCUUUACGCUUGUUGUUUUUUUCUUUUUUUUUUUUUUAAUUUACUGCAUGAUUUCUUUUCACCGUUCCAUUUAGUUUUGAACGUUUCGAAUUAGAAAUGUUGAGAUAGAUUUCUUGAACUUUUAUCGUUUAACCCUGACGUUCGAAAUUUAAUAAAAUGGUAAUCUAGUCGUGAGAAAAAGAAAAAGAAAGUUUCAAUGUUUUUAGAGACAGAGUAUUCUUACUUUUCUAUCUUUAGUGUCUCUUUAAAGUAGAGAGACUCUAAGGCUUUACUAUACGGAUUUUUACACAUUUAUAUUUGCAGAAAAUUUUCAAACGCAAAAUCCCACGGAAUACACACACACUAUGACAAGAUAUAUGAAACAGCCAAAGUAUAAUAGCUCUACGAAAGCUGGUCGAUUGUAAAAUAAUUUCCAGAUUCCGCUUUUUUCAAUUACAUUUUUGAAAAUAUCAAUUUACUGUAGUUAUAACAGUUUAAAAUAUCUACAAUUUUUCUUCGUUAUUCGUUCAGUUUAUGUACAUAAAAUUGUACAGACACAGAUGUAUACAACGGGGGUGAGAAACGUUUAACGACAAAGAAACGUGAGAAUGGAGUGGAAAAGAAUCACGUGGAAAGUAUAUAUGACUGACGAUGAAUAGCUUGACAAACGAAGGUAGGAAGCGUGGAGAAUAUCUGCAAGAAAACAAAAUGUUGCUCCUUUUGUUAUACAGCGAUUGUUACGAAAUGCUAUAACUACCCACGCGUGCACAUCAUCGCGUGUUUUAAUGAAACUUUCGACAACUGACGAGAGGAGGAAGUAUCAGAGAUCUUUUUUCUUUUUAAAUUUGCUUUUGCCUAUUCCAUUUCACUCGGAACACGUUGGAACAACAAUUAUACAAAGGUGAAAACUUUAAAUGUCAAAUAGCAGGGUCAAAAUCAAAAUUUAAUAAAUAAACAGUGAAUAAACAGUGAAGAACACAAAAGUACAUGGAGUACACCAAAAAUACAUAAAUUCAAAGUAUUUAGCACUCGUAAGUGCUACUAUUUUUUUUUAAAUGAUUUCUACGAUCAAUCCACAAUGAGAAGUUUUAACGAGAUAUUUAUUAGUGGACGGCUAAUUUUUUGAAAGUACAAUUAAAAGAAAAUAGGAAUUUGUUUCGAGUACCAAAUAUAAUUUCUUUAUACAUAUUUUUAUAUUGCGUGUAUCGUAUAUAAAUAUAUUUUUCCAUAUUACGUGUAUUCUGUGCAUAAUUUUGCAUUUGUGAAACUUUCCUACAAAUUGCACGAAAAUUCGCAUUCACUAAAAGUAACAGACUAAAAAGUAAGAAUAUGAUUUCGGUCUAGGCUAUGUCUUUGCUACUUCUUCUUCUCGAGCAGAAAUGUGCGCGUGUGCUGGUUUUCGCCUAUUUACGUUUAACGCGCGUACAUAAAUGUCGUGGUAAAAGUUGAACUAUUACUAAUAAAAGCUGAAGAGCCGCGAGGGAACAAUUGUAGCGAUCAUUUCUGCUCUGCCAUAUCCAACAGUUAUUUGUCUUUGAGUGCGCGUGGGAAUGGUUUUCAUCUUGCGCGAGUAACUUGCGCGAGCGCGCGCGAGCAAGCGAGCAAGCAAGCGAGCAAGCAAGCAAGCGCCUUAUAAAUUCCGACACGAACUGAAAAUUGUGCGAUUCGUGUGUUUCUUACCUGGUGCAAUUCAAUUUUAACUUAACCGCUACUUAACACAUUGACGUCAGGAAACGAGACGUCUCGUUCAGCACUUUCUAAAAUGGCUCGGCAAUUGAAAAAAUACCCAACGUUAAUUCGCUAAGUAUUUAUAAUACAGUAGUACGUGUCCACGAUAGAAUCGUUGUCAUAUCGUGUCGUUCGUUGCAAUUAUUCGUCGCCUGCCUGCAGAUCAUGUGUCUACGUUUCACCUUCGAAAUUGUCCAGCUUCGAGUAAGAGUUUUCUGAAACUGAAUUCGAGUAUCGCAAAGCGUAAUACGGCUACAUAAUAAAAAAACUAUGUUAAAGAUAAAGAAAAAAAGAUUUUAAAAUUUCGAUAAGUACUAUAGAAAACUUUUACGCACGUGUGAACCAUUUAAUAGGUUUAAAGUAGCGCAAGUUCUUUCUGUCUACUUAUUUCAACGACCUCCCAGAUGUUUGAUCCUUUAACAUUGCUAUAUUUUACAGAGCUUUAACUUUAUUCCUCAUUAUUAUUUUUUUGUAAAUGGCUCAUGUGUACACGUAUGUACAGGUACAUGCAACAUAGUUUAUACAUGCGUUCCAUCGACACUAUAACGAGACUCGAUUAUGUGGCAAUUAUUUCUCAAACAUGUAUUAAAAUGACAAAGAUUAGUAUGACAGCUUUACAAAUAAUCAUCGUGAGCACGUAACGAGUAUUAAAAGUGGCUUCGUUGAAUAUUGAGACUUGUUGAUACAAUGAGACAAAUGGCUGUUCAAAUUUAAGUUGAACGAGCAGUCACUUUCUACUGUUUUCUGAUUCAUUGUUUCUGUUUGAAAAGUGAUACAAACAAGUUUUCUAGUUGAGUUAAUUUAUUCAAAUCAAAUAACAAAUAAUCCCUAGAGAGGACUCUGUUGAGGAUCAAACGCUGUUCGAGAUAUGUACAAUUAUACAAUUAUGCACGUAAAUAAGGAAAGCUAAUAAUAAAGUAAGAUGAUUCAAAUGGUCGAAUAAUCUCGAGAAAGAUCGUUUGUCUCUGUUCGAGAUUGAAAUAAUCAUUUUCCAAAUAUUUCAUUGAAACGACGCUCGAGUCUGCUCUGCACGCACAGAGAGAGAGAGAGAGAGAGAGAACAGAGAAUAUAGGAGUGGCACUUGUUUUCGAAUGGAAGGCUGAAACGGCGUUCGUUAUGUCGCACGACGUGGAUCACGUCUACGUCACGAGUGAAUUUGAAUUACUCCUGGGCGAGAAAUUUUUUUCCGCGAGAAGCAGACGAACAACGAAGGUCAGUGAACCGAUUAUAUUUGAGAUCAUCGUUCAGCGAAGCUGGAGCGAAUGCAACCAAUUAUCUGCACUCGUAAUCACAGAACGACACGGCGUGCGUUUAACGUUUAACUGUCCCGAGUGUGGCAAGGUCGUCGAAACUUAUGUAAUUGAUUGAUUUGAUGAACGAAAAAAUCGAACACCGAUUGUCAGGAUGUAAGCAAGCACGAUCGAUUCGCCGAAUUCGCUUCGACGAUCGAAGAUAUUGUGUAGAGAGAUAGCGAUAUAAUAGCGAUCGAUCAAGCAAGAAUCUCUUUCUAUCGUUUCCCUCUUUCGUGGGGAUGAAAAGUGGAAAAGAAAAAGAUUGAAAAUUCUGUCGUACUACGGUACGCUAUAUGUUUUUGCUAUUCUCGCUACUUUGCAAGUAGCAACUGUGAAACGUACAAAGUGUCCAAAGUAGAGUGCUUUUCGUCACAUUUAGCGAAUGAAGCGAACUUUUAUUUGGUUUUAUUUAAUAAUUAUUAAACUGGUGGAUAUUCGUGGAAAAUUCAUAUUCCUAGAAGAGACGAAUAAAGUAGAAACUUGUCUCAUGUAAGGAUGCUAAAGCUCGUAUAUAUUAAUACAUAAAUUCUAUGGAUCUUCGCUUCUAAUUUAAAGUAAAAAUUGGCAAUCUACUAAUUAUAUUAUACUGCGUUAUCGGUAUCCAAAGACAAAUUCAUCUGCUCGUCGGGAUUAAGCACGUGAGACUAAACGAUCGUUAUGUUUCAGGUAUAAAUUGUACACCUCCAGCGAUAGAAGACUUUCCACACGAUCUCUUCGACGAGAAACAGAGGCAGGGCGGAGCUGUUGUCGUGCACGUAAUCGUUUCGCUUUAUCUGUUCAUCGCGUUAGCGGUAGUGUGCGACAAAUUUUUCGUUCCCGCUGUGGAAAAGAUAUGUCACGCACUUUCGAUGUCCAAGGACGUUGCGGGUGCUACGUUCAUGGCCGCGGCGACGUCGGCGCCGGAACUGUUUGUAAACGCGAUCGGCACGUUCAUCACCGAAGGUGACAUCGGUGUCGGAACAAUAGUAGGCUCGGCUGUAUUCAAUAUUCUCGCGGUACCGGCUUGCUGCGGUAUCGGUGCUGGAAUGGUCGUUCCUCUGGACUGGUGGCCAGUUAGCAGAGAUUGUCUCGCCUAUGGCGUUACGGUCGCCAUUCUGAUAUGUAUCAUACACGACGAACGAGUAGAAUGGUACGAAGCGUUAACGCUAGUGUUAUUGUACAUCGUAUACAUCGCCGUCAUGUAUUGGGACAAAUCGUUUCAGCGAUGCACGCGAUUCCGUGCGCAUAACGCUGAUCGAUCGUUAUCGGAUGAUCAUCGACACGCGACAGAAGGCAGCACGGAAAUUCACAUGGCAAGAUCCGAUAAAGUACAAACGACCGGCGAACAAGCUGAACAUAUAGACGUACCAUUACAAAAUGGAGGAACGAAGACACAGGAAGAGAAUCCCGAGCCUAAUUACGAGUACGAAUUAUUGGUUUGGCCGGCACGAGCUGGAUGGAUAAGAAAAACAGCGUGGAUUUUGACCUGGCCGAUUCAUUUGAUCUUCAUGUGUACCAUUCCGGACUGCGAGAAGCCACGAUUCAAAAAUUGGUUUCCAAUAACGUUCCUUAUGUGCAUCAUUUGGAUUGGAUCGUUGAGCUACGUGGUCGCAUGGAUGAUCACUAUAAUUGGGGACACUUUGAAGAUACCAGAUUCCGUGAUGGGUAUUACUUUUCUGGCUGCUGGCACCAGCGUUCCAGAGGCCGUAUCAAGCGUAAUAGUGGCGAAGCAAGGACACGGCUCGAUGGGUAUUAGCAACUCGAUAGGAUCAAACACUUUCGACAUACUGCUGUGCUUGGGCCUGCCGUGGCUAAUCAAAUCAUCGUUCUCGCCGACGCAACCAGGGAAACAUUACAUCAGUAUAAAUUCCGGUGGACUCGAGUACAGUGCCAUAUCGCUGCUGUCGACACUGAUGUUGCUCUACAUUGCUUUCGCUUCGAACAAGUUUCAGCUCGAUAGAAAAGUUGGCCGAGCCUGUUUAUGUAUGUACGCCGUAUUUCUGAUACUAGCCUCGUUGAUAGAAUUAAACGUAUUCUUCAGGGUGAAUUUGCCCACGUGCCAGAGGACGGUCAAGUGAUCGGAAAUCGAAAGUAGAGUUGCUUAACGAUAUUCGAUAUACGGUGUGUGUUUGAUACCCUGGUCCUCGUACGUUCUCCCGAGCGUACGAAAAAAAGAAAAAAAAAAAA